AUGGCCACAAUGGCACCCGCACCGACCUCAACCGAGAAUAUUACUCCGCCACGCAGCAGUCAUGGUCAUUCAGACUCGUGGGGAUACAACAUGCCCCAGAAGGAGAAUUUUGAUAAUGACAUGAACGCUGGCACGAACCAUUUUACCACCCAAAAUGGCAAUUCGAACUCUUACCACUCGGGCAUGGACCGAGUUGGCCGAAAAGUGAACUCGCACGAUAAUCUUUCGAGUGCCAAACUUCACAACUCUGUUGACGGAGCUGGAGCGCGCUACAUUAGCGAAUCCAAGACUAGUCCGGCCUUGAACGGCAACUCGUGGGGACAAACCUUUGGCCCUCAGACCGAAGACGAAUACAGCCGCAAUGCCGUACCUAUCGACCAAGAAGUAGUAGUUGUCGACGAAGGUUCCAAGUGGAUUCACCGCGACAAGCUGGCAAGGAUAGAGAGUGAAGAGCUUCAGGCUGCUGGCAUAUUUGUUCCAAGAACCCGCAACCACAGCAAACAACGACGAGACCGAAGCCGCAGCGCUAUGCGCCGUGGUACUGACGCGUCGGAAAAUGGCCCUAGAUCCCGAAAGAACUCGACAGCCGUCGAAGGACGAAACCCCGAGAUCGCAGGCGAAUCGUGGGAUUUACGUACCCCAGAAGAGAUUGCGGAGGAGGAAAGCAAUGCUUAUUUCACUUCAAACAGCCACAAAGGAGGCUCUCGCAUUCCUGUUGCCAAGGUUAGUCCAGCGCCCAUAUCUGUUGAUCGUUUCGAGCGAGCAUCGAGGAAAACGAGCGAGAGCCCCGACGAUGAACGGACUUUGACAAAUGAAAAGACUCGACCUGGAAGCGCGCACAUGAUGAAGGGAUUCGACGCCAUGUCGGCCAAUAGCAAUCACAACAAUAGUUUACCCGCACCGAAACGAACCGCCACCGAUACUUCGCCCAAGAAGGGCGCGACGGGCCCAAGAAAGACGUCUGGCCCCUCGAAGACAGGCACGGCAGCGACGGGACGACCAAAGACGAGAUCUGGCUCUAUUGGAAACAGUAUCUCGACUCGACCUUCGACCCGAUCUGGGGAAUUAUCACCAGGAAACAAGGCGCCUGAAGGCGAUCCUCCGUGGAUGAUCAACUCGUACAAGCCCGAUCCUCGACUUCCUCCUGAUCAGCAACUCCUCCCAACUGUCGCCCGACGCCUACAACAGGAGAAGUGGGAGAAGGAAGGCAAGUUUGGAGAUGUAUAUGACAAAGAUUUCCGACCGCUCAACGACAAUGAGCUCGGCAAACCGGACCAGCUUGACCAGGCGGACAAGACUGAGGAGACCGACGAGAAGCAAAGAGAAACAUCACCAGAGGGAGAGUGGCCGCUCAAGCUGGAGCCUACAAAGAGCCCAACUCAGCGCGCUGGCGGAUACUCUACUAUGCCUAAGAUCUCAGACAAGCCCCAGAACAGCCCACUUCCAAGCCCCAGAACACCAUUGUCGCCCAAUGCACCCAACGCACCUCAAGCGCCAGCGCAAGAACAAUCGAAGCCGGAACCAUCUACUGAACGACCGGUACAGCAACACCCGCAACAGCCACAACCUGCUGAAGACGACAGCAAGGGAGGCUGCGGAUGCUGUGUGGUCAUGUAA